AUGGAGGCGAUCGUCCAUGAAGGGUUUUCAGAAAAUUUCCAGGUUAAACAUCAAAUAGUGGUAAUGGCUGCCCAUUGGUCAAAUGAAAUGGCUACCCUUUUUACAGCUGUGGUCUACCAUGUCAUAUGCAGUUUUUUCUGAUGAGCUAUGCCAGGACAAGGUUAAUGCUUAUGCAUUCAACAGUGCCAAUCUGGAAAAAGUGAAGGAGGUAACUUCAGUCAAGACUGUUCUUUACGGGAGUGAUGCAGCAGGGUCACAGCUUAAGAAUUGUUACAACCUGGCAAGUUUACUAUACCACAAGGAAGACUUCAACUGCAAGGCCACAUGGAACUUCUUUGAAACUGUUCAUGGCAAGGGUCCAGUAGAUGGAGUGGGUGGAGAAGUAAAAAGAUCAGUGUGGUGGGCAAUCCUGCAAGGCAACACAGUGGUCACAAAUGCAGAAAACUUCUUUUAA